AUGUCUCCUACUGAAAAGACUGGUGGUGCUGAGAUUAGGCCUUUUCAUUAUCAGGAUUUAAGUAAUUGUGUUCAAAAUGCUCACCUUAUGGAUUUAUCUUAUUCUGGAUGUUUCUAUACUUGGUUCAAUAAACAAGAUGGGACAAGAAUUGGCUCAAAAAUUGAUAGAAUAAUGGUCAAUAUGGAGUGGAUUGAUCAAUUUGUGGACUCUAAAGCUGAUUUUCUUCCUCAUGGUAUCUCUGAUCACUCCCCUGGAGUUGCUUCUAUUUUUGAGAAGAGGAAGCAUGGUCCACCUCCUUUCAGAUUCUUUAAUUUUAUGACUGAAGAGCCUGAUUUCUUGGAUCUGGUUAGGAAGGUUUGGACUAAUAAGGUUAGGGGUAAUCCUCUGUUUGUCUUUAUGACUAAACUUAGAAUGGUUAAGGCUGCUAUUAUUGAAUGGAAGAGACUGAAAUUUAAAAAUAUCUUUGAACAAGUUAUGGAGGCCAAGACUGAGAUGAUAAAUGUUCAACAACAAGUGAAAGCUUCUCCACUUUGUCCCAUUUUGGUUAGGAAGGAGAAAGUUGUGGUUCAACAUUAUGCCAAGGUUGCAAGAUAUGAAGAGUCUAUGAAGAAGCAGAGAUCUAGAGUACAAUGGCUUGAUUUGGAUGAUUCAAAUACUCAUUUCUUCGACAAUUCUUUAAAAGAAAGGAGAUCAAGGAACAAUAUUCUUAGUCUCACUUCAAGGGAAGGCAAUGUUUUGGUGGAUGAUAAGGAGAUAGCUCUGGAAUGUAUCUCUUUUUUGUCUGAUCUCUAUGAUGAGAAAGGAGCUGUGAAUACUAAGGUUGAGGAUGAAAUUGUUGCUGCUCUUUCUUCCAUAGGAUCCAGUAAAGCUCCUGGUCCAGAUGGUUUCUCAAGUCACUUUUUUAAAGUUUGUUGGACUAUUAUUCGUGAUGAUUUUGUGGCUGCAAUACAAAAUGUUUUUAAAAGCUCAAUAAUCCUAAAUGAAGUGAAUAGUACCUUCAUUACUUUAGUAGCCAAAAAAGAAAAUCCCUCUGGGAUUGUGGAUUAUAGACCAAUAGCUUGUUGUGGGGUGGUUUAUAAAUGUAUCACAAAGAUCUUAUCUCUUAGAAUGAAGAUGUUAUUGAAGCACUUGAUCCAUCCUUGCCAAUCUGCAUUCAUUGCAGGGAGGUCUAUUCAAGACAAUAUAAUGGUUUCUCAUGAGAUUGUCAGAAACUACCAUAGAUCCUCUGGUAGCCCAAGAUGCACCAUGAAAAAUGACUUAAAAAAAGCUUAUGACACUGUAAGUUGGAAGGAUGUUAGUAGUACUAUGAGAAAAAUGGGGUUUCCUGAUAUUUUCAUAGAUGAUGUUCUAGUUUUCUCCAAAGGUACUAGUCAAGUUGUUACUAGUCUCAAGAGAGGUAUUGAGAUUUUUGGUGACUGUUUUGGCCUUCAAAUGAAUCACCAGAAGACUUCUUUAUUUGCUUCAGCUAUUGGAGAUGGGACUCUACAUGAUAUUCUCUCUAUUAUGGAUUUCCAAGAAGAAAAACUCCCUGUGAGAUUAACAUUGAUCAAACAUGUCCUAUCUGGCAUGGUCUUUUUCUGGCUUUCUUGUUUUAUCCUUCCUAAAAGAUUGAUAAAAGAUAUUACUAGCAUAUUUAAGAUAUUCCUUUGGGAUGGUUGUGAAAUGGGGAAAAAACAUUGCCCCAUUAGCUGGACAACUAUUUGUCUACCUUAUAAUGAAGGAGGUCUGGGGGUCAGAGAUGUCGAGUAUAACAAUAUUUCUGCAAAUUUAAGACAUCUCUGGUACCUGAUUUCUAAUAAAGAUUCUAUUUGGACUGAUUGGGUCAAGCAAAACCUCAUUAAAGGUAAAGACAUCUGGUCCUUGGAUAUUCCCCAAGAUGCUUCAUGGUGUUGGAGAAGAAUUUUGGAUCAAAGAAAAAUUGCCAAAGAUAUGGUUUUCACCAUUCUAGGAGAUGGAGCUGAUACUAGUUUCCUUCAUGCCCCAACUGGUUAUGAUGUCAUGAUAAACACUGAUGGAUCAAUGACUGACAAUGGAGCUGGAUUUGGAGCUAUUAUUAAAGACUCUUUAGGAGAUCAGUUGAUUGCUGCUACAGGUGGUAGUCAUCCUAUCUCAGUCAGUGCUCAUGAGAUGCAAGGAGUUGAGCUUGGUUUAAAAAUUGCUCUUAAGAUUGAAGCUCAACGUAUUCACCUGUGCAUAGACUCUAUGUCUACUUGUCUACUUCUGAAAAAUCAUGAUCCCAAGCCCCCCUGGGAUACUAUUCAGAUAUGGAGAAGAGUCAAGAUGCUGCUUAGUAAAUUUGCUUCUGUCAAGAUUAGCCAUUGUUAUAAGGAGAGCAACAGGGUUGCUCAUCACCUUGCUGGGUUAUAUCCCAGCUCAAAUUAUGUGAAGAUAUCUGUUGCUGAGUUUACUUUAGAUUUCAAAGAAAUCCUUGCUGCUGAUAAAGUUGGGAAAUUUUUUAUUAGACACCGGGCCUGUUUUGUUUUUCUAGUUUCUUAG